AUGGCGGUACACAGAGGGGAGGAGGAGCAGGGAGAGAUGAUGUCGAAGACGAGCCACGACAUGGAGCCUCCUCGCCAUUUUGCUGCCACUAAACGCGCAGCGCCUGGGGAAAGAGACUGGAGCGCAGAGGCGAGUCAAGAGCUGCUACGACUGCGCUUUCGAGAGUCACGCGGUCUCUUUGACGACGCCCAGACGGUCGCGGACGUGCACGAGGCCUGGAGCGUCGUGGCGUCGAAAAUGAACGCCAGUGGCAAGUGGGGACCGCGCGUGGACGCUAUCGAGUGCAGCGACCAUCUGAUGAAGCUGCGCCAGCAGUGGCAGGAGAGCAGUACGGCUCAGCUGCACUUGAUGAUGGCCGAGUGCUUUGGCAAGAGCGCAGAGGUGCCACCGUCAGCAAGCAACAACAUCAACCGAGCCAUGGAGGAAGCUUUAGCGCAGGCUUCAGCGAGUACGAGGGCUCAUGGUCCGUGCAAACGGAGCAGGACAAUAGGACAGACGGACGUCGUGUCACCGCCACGUGAUCUUGUGUCUCCAGCUCAAGCCGAAACGCUGACGAGCCACGAAGGGGCUAACGUUGAUGAAACCGAGUGGUGCAUUGGACCAUCUCCGACGUUGCCUGAGUCUGCGCCUGUAUCUGCUCACAAUAUCCUGUCGGCUGGACUGCAUGGAGGCCGGUUGGUGUCCGAUCCAGCUUUGACAUCUCCCCAUUCCGUGUUCGAGACGCUUCAGGAAUUUGCACUGCCCGUAAUUCUAGAUGAAGAGGAAGAGUUCCCGCGACAAGACGAAAUUGUGCGGGCAAUCGAAAGUCGAUCCCAGCAAUUAGAAAAACUGAGUCAUGCGCACCGGGGUCUUGCUAGUGUGACUCAUCAAUUGAUGGAGGCGCUUAACAGUCGUCGCAGCGCUGUUUCGGGCUAA